AUGUCGAGGACGCCGCUACAUCAAUGGAGACAUGCCACAUCCAGCGGGCAAUAUUCUGAUGGGCGGGCCCAAGCCGCUGGCGACGACCAUCAGGCGCUAACAGGAUCUCCGAGUCAUUCUCAUCCCACGGACGAGCUUCCGCGCUUCUUAUUUCCUGGCCCAGCCAGUCAGACUUAUGAUCCCACUGUCGCAUCUACCGCCUUCAACUCUAGAUCGCCCUAUCAGGAGAGACUCUGGGAUAGUGUCGCUAAUCAAAAGCAUGAUGUUCCUUCGCUUCCUCCAUAUAAUACUGGUAGUCCAGCUCACUUUGGGGCUCAACGGUCCAAUGUGUUGAGAAACGUGGAUCCUGGUCACUGUUAUGAUUGUACGGGGGGGUCUUCCGCCAGCAUGGCCGCUCAAAAGCGUCAGAUACAACAGCCCCAAAGGCAGAGUACGACGAGUAUGCCUUCUGGAUUUGAAAGACUGCUUCAUCAUUCGCCUACGCCGUCCCCUCCCCCGCGGCGACCGUCCUCAACCUCACGAUAUCACCUUUACAUCAGACAGCAGCCUUUGGCUGCGCGAGCUUGUGGCGCGGGUGACAGAGACCGACGGCCUAUCGACCCACCUCCCAUCAUCCAAAUGCUUCUGAGGGACUUCGAUCCAAGAUCCGCUGACGACAAUAAUAUCCUUCAAGAUCCGCGAUUCACUGUGGGCUGUUUCCUCAUUCCCGAGCCCGGAUUUUCCCAAUCAGACAUGAACGCCGACGGUACGGGUAGAGCGGAUGAAUUGAGCCAGGGACAGUCGACUCCUUUGCUAUCCGGAAAAGCUUUCGUGUCACCUUUUUAUGUCGAUGAAGACCCGGACCCCAGCACCGCGCCAGCCCAUCCAUCCUCGCCCUACUACGAAAUAGGCGAAUACGUGCUACCGAACCCUUACCACGACACCCCACACACCUCGGGACAGGGACAACCUGCUACGUUCUAUAUAUUCUCCGACCUUUCUGUCCGUACAGCUGGACUGUACCGCCUCCAAUUUCGUCUGAUGAACUGGGGUCACGUGGAGGACACUGGCAAGUCAAUGCCCAUCCUUGCCGAGGCUUGGACGAAUCCCUUCCGCGUAUUUCCGGCCAAGGACUUUCCUGGAAUGAGGGAUUCGUCCCUUUUGACGGAAGGACUGAAGGAGCUUGGGUUCGUGGAAUUGAAGACGCGGGGGAAAGGGAAAGGGAAGGGUCGAAGGAGGUGA